UCUUCCGCACACCAAAUCCUCCCUUUUUGCCAAACAAACCCGUCUCCGUCUGACCCCCAAUAUGGCCACCGCCGCCGCCGCCGAUGUCCCCUCCUGCCGCGACCUCCCCGCCGCCGUCUCCGCCUUCGCCGACGCCUUCGUCGACUUCGCUGUCUCCGGCAUCUUCUUCCCCUCCACCCCAACCCCCUCACCCCCUCCUCCCCCUACGCCAACCACCUUCCUCCCUUCCCCCACCCGCCUCGUCGCCAUCGGCGACCUCCACGGCGACCUCCCCAAGUCCCUCUCCGCCCUCCGCCUCGCCGGCCUCGUCCCUCCCCACGACCCCACCUCCUGGUCCGCCGGCCCCACCCUCGCCGUCCAGCUCGGCGACAUCCUCGACCGCGGCGGCGACGAGAUACGCCUCCUCUACCUCAUCCGCCGCCUCGCCAUCUCCGCCGCCGGCCAGGGCGGCGCGCUCCUCCCCAUCAUGGGGAACCACGAGGUCAUGAACGUCUCCGGCGACUUCCGCUUCGCCACGCCCCAGGGCCUCCGGGAGUUCUCCGCCUGGGCGGGCUGGUACCGCGCCGGCCUCGCCAUCAAGCGCCGCUGCGCCCGCGGCGGCGAUGGCGGCGACCCGCCCCCCAAGAACCCGUUCCUGGGAAUCCCCAAGGAGUUCCCCGGCGUCAAGCCGGAGUUCUGGGAUGGCAUCCGAUCCCGCCUCGCCGCGCUCCUCCCCGACGGGCCCAUCGCGCGGCGGUUCCUCGCCGACCUCCCCACCGUGCUCGUCGUCGGCGACUCCGUGUUCGUCCACGGCGGGCUCCUCGAGGCCAACGUCGAAUACGGCCUCGAGCGGAUCAAUGCGGAGGUCAGCGAGUGGAUCCGCGGCGAGAGGGGCGCCAAUGCCGUGGCGCCGGAGUUUGUGCGCGGCCGCGACGCCGUGGUCUGGCUCAGGAGGUUCUCCGACGGCGUCAAUUGCGAUUGCCAGCGGCUCGAGGGGGUUCUCGGGAUGAUCCCGGGCGCCAAGAGGAUGAUAAUGGGGCACACGAUUCAGACCGAGGGGAUCAAUGCGGUGUGCGGUGCGCAGGCGGUGAGGGUGGAUGUGGGAUUGUCUAGAGGAUGCGGUAAUGGGCUGCCAGAGGUGCUCGAGAUCAAUGGUGGCGGCACCAAUGUGAGGGUGAUCACGACGGAUCCCGCGGAGGCCUGGCAGUACCGGAAGCAGGGGGCGGAGAAGGCCGCCAUCGCUACCGCGGUGAAGGAGAAGAAGGGGGAGGUAAAGGAAGGGCUUGCAUUGUUGGUAAGGGAGAGCCAUGGGUUGAAAGAGGUACAAGCUAAGGCGGCUUAAUUAGUUCAGUGUGGUAACUUCAGGGUAGGUAACAUUUUGGUGACUCAAUUGGGAUUGCACGGUAAAUUGGGUAACAAGGAUAGAAAGGAUGAUAUGUUGAAACUGUUUGUGGAUUCAAUAAUGGAAAGAAACCAUUAUCAUCAUUAUUUAUCGAGAUGUGCUAAUCAAUUGCUGAUAUGUGCAAAUUGUGAGAAACUGUUUCUUUAAGUUUAGUUGUGCAUGCCUGCUUUGGAUUUUGAUUAUUUUCCCAACAUGGAUUCCAGUAAGAAAAAUGGCCCGGUGCCAAUUGCUGACAGGACUAUCUCCAAAAUUAUUGUGUUUGGUUGACUAUGUGCAGUGUAUCACUGAGUAAUCAUGUUUACACUUCCCAGUGUGUCAAGCCUGAUUCAGCUAUUCAGAUUAUUCAUGUGGCCUGAUUCAACAAUUCAGAAUAUGCAUGUGGCCUGAUUCAGCAAUUCAUAUGUUAUCAUUAAAAAUAAUUUCUCAACCUUGCAAGCAAGUUUGGGCACACAAUAUAAUUGAUGAUUGGUGUUGGUACAACAAAACAUCAAGUGGCCAGACUAAGUUUGGGAAACCAGCUGCAAUCAACAGUGGACACUAUUGGACUUUAGGAGGAGGAAGGGAGACGACGCCAAUGGAGACGGCAUGCUCUCACUUACAGAUUGCGUGGUUUGUACCGAUAGUCUGUUGGAAGACAGUGCAUCAUGGGUGUGAUCCAACUUGUCAAGUGGACUUUGUUGGCUAUCUAGAAUUUUGAACAGAAUGCAUGGUACACAUCUGUCUGGUCUUUUUAUUAUUAUUCAGCAUCAAUGUAGUUAUACUGAUUUAUCUAGGGAUUAAGUACUGCUGAUGCAUUUUUAAAGUUAUUUCAGUCAUUCAGUGGAAGCUUACUGCCUUAUCAUAGAAGUAUCUUUUUAUACAACCAAUAUGUCACCCUGAAAUUCUAAUUAUUCAUGGAGAAAAUAUCCAGCAUAUGGUGUAACAUAUGUAAAGGCAUCAUGGUGUGUCCUGUCUAUAUCCUACUCAUUGCGAGAAAUUUAAUGCUAUCUUAGUCGCAGAUCUCUCCUUUGGUGAUGAUAAGGAAUUGGAUAAAAGAGAAUAGACUAGUAUGGGCAUGUCCUGGAACAGCAAAUUGACAAGGAGAAAGACCUGGAGUGCGAUCUGCAUUUGUGGGCGCUCAAACUUUUCCACCAAUUUUCUCAUUUGAUUGGUUGUUGAAUCAGUCUUCUGUUCAAAUUCCUGUCUUGUCUCUGUCUUUACCCAGUGCAUGGUAGAUUGUUUCCAUGUUUUUUCCAGGAAUUUUCUCAUGUGUUCCUCACAUUCCGAUGGUGACAUCUUUCUGUUCAUCAAGGUACUUCUUGUUGAUGUGGACACCUUCCUGUAUCCACUGUACUUCCAAAACGAUGCGUGCACUUUCUUUAUUUAUGAGGAGUAUCAGUUGAAAUGUGAUAACAUGGAGAAGUGCUGUUCAAUUUUUGCAA